CUGAUCUCCACGGACGUCGACUCAACGGCAGGCCCUCCUCGUGCAUUCCGCAAUUUGUCUCACCUUAUUAUCGACCUCCCGCUCUCGUGACACCUCUUCCGCCCAGAAAAACACCAUGAUUAUACCAUGAGCACGACAAACUUUGCCGCUGCUCAGGAGCGGGUCCUUGAACGCCGCCGUCUACGUGAGGCCGAAGCUCGCGCCAGGCUUGCGGAGCAACAACGGGCGUCGCCAGUUAACCAUCCCGCGCUUCAACGGCUCCCUUACCCGUUGAGUCGUCUCCCACAAUCCGGCCUGUCGUUAUGGAAUGCGAUCAAAGGCCGCGAGGGCAUGAGGCCGGCCUUUCGGGUCGGUCAAGUCGAUGCCGAACUGCUGGACGAGGAAUUACUGGGCUUGCUCAAAGGUCAGGUCGGGGAGGCCUUGAAAUACUUCGGGCCUCAAAUGCGAGAGGACUGGUCUCAUGAAAUCCAAUUUGCUCUCCGCGCCAUAUUGUUUAAACUUUCGAUCUGGGACCACGAUGCUUCGUAUGGGGCUGCUUUACAAAACCUAAAAUACGUCGAUAGCCGCAGCAAAGGCCCCGUUCAUUCCACCCCGACCAGAUGGCAAAAGACCCUGUAUGGCUUACUUACGGUUGGCGGCCGCUAUGCAUGGGAUAAAUGGGAAAGUUGGUUGAUCAACCAGGAGGGUGGCUACGAUGAGCCAUCGCAAGAGGUUCGUGUGCUUUCACGCAUGACGGACCUAGUUUCCACGACACAUUCGAUCGCGGCCUUUACUUCGUUCUGCGUAUUCCUCGUCAACGGCCGAUAUCGAACACUAGUCGACCGAAUCCUUCGCAUUCGUCUCACACCUCCUUCUGCACAGGCAAGCCGCGAAGUGUCGUUCGAAUACCUGAACCGGCAACUUGUGUGGCACGCUUUUACUGAGUUCCUCCUCUUUCUGCUACCGCUUGUGGGCAUCAGCCGAUGGAGGCGCUGGUUGUCUAGAGCCUGGCGCAAGACAGUAUCUACACUCAAAUCGAGUGGGGAUGACGAUGAUGAGCAGGUCCGGAAACAGGGUGAAUUGGCGUUUCUUCCCGAAAGGACUUGCGCGAUCUGCUAUAAAGACAAUAACCCGACUUCUACCACGGAGAAUGAGGUGAUGGCUGCGUCAACUUCGGCCGGAAUCAUUGGCUCAGCUCAAACCGAUAUCACCAAUCCUUACGAAACGAUUCCGUGUGGCUGCGUGUAUUGUUUCGUGUGUCUGGUCCAGAAGUUGGAGGGCGAAGAAGGCCAAGGCUGGGUCUGUCUUCGUUGUGGGGAGAUCGUCAAGAAAUGCAAGCCCUGGAAUGGCGAUGUCCUCGAGGAAGCUCGGCCUCAAUCAAGCUCCGGAAAGGUUGUCGGGUUCGCUGUCAACGACGGGGAUGACGGAGUGGGUGCAAAUGCCGGCGAGCCUGAGAAAGGAGGUGAACAUCCCAUGGGACGAUCAAGUCCGUUGCAGGAUCUGAGCUCAGACGAAGCUCUCGGCGAGUCCAAUCAUUGGUCCACUAUCGACAAGGACCUCGCUGAAGAUGGGCCCGAGGGCCAAACAGACGAGGCAAGAUGAAGAAUGGGAUUGGCUCUGAUGAUCGAGUUGAAGGCCCCUUGCUAUGUAGCCAGACUACAGAUGGCCGCCCCCAUUCUCACUAUAUUUCAUGCAUUAUAAUUUCCGAUAGCGAGUGCUAGAAGCUCAGCUCUGUUUGAAUAUACCC